AGAAAGAUAAGAAUUUUGCAGCUUGUGCUUUUGUCUGUGUUGAUGAUGAGUUGUCCCUUGUGUCGCUCUAUUCUUUCUCUUUAUAUAUGGCUCGGUAAUCGUUGAGGCGGUGCGAUCUCCGAUUCCUACUUGAAUUCGGUAUUCGCGAUUUAGAAUCACAAUUGACUUUUAUUUCUGAUUCCUUGUUUCUUGUAACAAUCGUAAUUUUUCUUGGACUUAGAUUUGAUUUUUCUCUUGCGCUAGGGUGGGUUUUCGACAGGUCUUUUUUUUCCGAUUUGGACAUGAAUUCUCCUCUUCCCUCGUUGGAUGUGUACUUCUUCUGUAAUUGGGCCGAUUCACCAUUUUUGUUGGGCGGACUCGAUUUUAAUAAAAAUCGGUGGUAAUAGGGCCGAAAGAAAAAAUCAGCUACAAACCAGAGAAUUAACAAACGUUGUUCAUAACUUAACAUGUGUCCUCUUUUUCAGUUUCUUUUCCUGGUAGAUUGUAAUUGAGUAUGGAGUUCUGAAUGAUUGAAUUGAACCUUUGAUUCUUCGUUCUUGUAUAGACUGAUUUCAGUUUCGAGGUCUUUAAACCUGCAACUGGGCUAGUUUUAGUUUAUUGUUUCCUUUAUUGACGAUGGAAUCCAUUUCUCUAAGGCAUGCGAUUUCUACAGCUUAUGCUUUAUUCCCAGUGAAGUAUCCCCUGAACCCAACUCGUUUCACAAAGAUUGGCAUCAAUCGUCGACAUCUUUCUGUGGUUCUUUGUUCUAAGAAAUGGGACCUUCAAGAUUUUCGGAGUUAUGCAAAACCUAAAGAACUUUGGUGUGCUUCGGAGGUGAAGAUUUACAGGCCUUCCUCGUUAGAACAAAUUAGCAAUCUUUUUAAGGUGCAAAAAUGUGAAUGCUUAUACAAAGUCAGAAUACAAACUAGUGGCAUGUAUGGGUCCGGCUUAACUGAUCCCAGCUCUGGAGUGCUUCUUUGUUUGAUAGAUGAAAAUGGUAACUCAAUCUUGCAAAGGAUACCUGCUUCUCUGGGAAAAGAUCGCUCUCUAAUGUCAGAGGACAGGGAGAAUUUAGGACUUCUCAAUUUUCAGCGAAGCAAUAUUGAUGAGUUCAUUUUUGAGGGUCCAUCUCUUGGGAAGAUUGCAGCUGUUUGGAUCGGCCUAGAAUCAGGUCAGUGGAGAUUUGGAAAUCUGAGUUUAACUGUUUUCUCUCGGCGUCAAUCUCCAUCAGUAGAAGCCGACGAAGAAGCUGGACAGCUCACUGGCUUUCAGUGUGAUUUUGACAUUGGAGAAACAUUACUUGGUGAAGGAAGCGACAUAUCCAUGUUAGAACUUAGACCACGUCUGAUAACUGACUUUUCGGAGACAGGCUUUGGCUGGUUAGAUGUACAAACUUUAAAUCCAUCCUCACCGGCUAAUCAAAACAUAUCUGGUGACGAAAGCAUGAUGGAAUAUGCGAACCUGAAAUUCUCAUUGUUUCUUUAUGAUGCACUGCUUAUCCUUGGCGGCUCAUCAAUAGCUUCGAUCUCAUCUGGAGAAAGGGGAGCCUUAGCAUUCUUAACUGGUGGUAUGGGAGGUUUGUUAUAUUUGUUCUUGUUACAACGAUCAGUUGAUGGAUUACCGGCUCCGGAGUUACUUCCAUCUGAUAGGACAGAGAACUCUGAUUAUAUAUUAGGGAAAUUCAAGGGUCCUUUGUCAACCAUAGCAUUAGGAGUUGUAUUUGCAGCUAUCGCUGCAAAAUUUUCAUCAGGAGAGUUAACCGGGAGGGUUCUAACACCAAAUGAUCUCAUUUUUGGGAUGCUUGGUUUCCUGAUGUGUAAGGUUUCUGUACUAUUGGCCGCAUUCAACCCAAUGCAAAUAGGUACAAGGGAUGACAAUUGAGACAUUUGCAUCUUGUGAACAUUUCAUGUAUAUGAUAUUGUACAAACCAAACAUUUAGGACAUACCCAUCUUUGUAUACUUAACCAAACUGAUUGGAGUUAUCUUUCCACUUCUGGAAAAUUCGAACAUGCGCAUACAGAUUAUAUACUAUUUCUGCAGUCGCU